AUGCUCUUUCAGCAGCUUCAGAAACGAAACAUUGACCCCAUCUUCAUCAAAGCUGCCAUCUGUAAUUUUGCCGACAGCAUCAUAAACAUCAGGUCUUCCAUAAUCACUGUGCAAGAGGAGAUUCCAGCUGCCAAGCGACAGAGGACACUGGGGCCCGCAGAAAGACAUCGGAUUGCUAUUGAGGUGUGUGAUACCAUCUGGGCUCAAACAAAGGAACGCUUUGCGUUUACUGGGCACCUUGUGAGUUCAACACUGCUGCAUGGAGAGCUGUUCUCACAACAUUCUACAACCUUUCCAAGUGCUGCUUUGAAUGCCACCGUGGAGGCCUAUCCAAUGCUGAACAAGGCUAGACUGAAGACAGAACUAUCCUUGGUCUAUGAAAACCCGGAGUUUGAAAAGUGUAGUGGCACAAAGCAUCUCCUCUACUCCUCCAAUCACAGUAGCAUCUCCUCUGCUCCUCCAAUCACAGUAGCAUCUCCUCUGCUCCUCCCAUCACAGCAGCAUCUCCUCUGCUCCUCCAAUCACAGUAGCAUCUCUUCUGCUCCUCCAAUCACAGCAGCAUCUCCCCUGCUCCUCCAGAGGCACAGCAGCAUCUCCUCUGCUCCUCCAGAGACACAGCAGCAUCUCCCCUGCUCCUCCAAGUACAGCAGCAUCUACUCUGCUCCUCCAGAGACACAGCAGCAUCUCCUCUGCUCCUCCAGAGACACAGCAGCAUCUCCUCUGCUCCUCCAGAGACACAGCAGCAUCUCCUCUGCUCCUCCAGAGACACAGCAGCAUCUCCUCUGCUCCUCCAGAGACACAGCAGCAUCUCCUCUGCUCCUCCAGAGACACAGCAGCAUCUCCUCUGCUCCUCCAGAGACACAGCAGCAUCUCCUCUGCUCCUCCAGAGACACAGCAGCAUCUCCUCUGCUCCUCCAGAGGCACAGCAGCAUCUCCUCUGCUCCUCCAGAGACACAGCAGCAUCUCCCCUGCUCCUCCAAGUACAGCAGCAUCUACUCUGCUCCUCCAGAGACACAGCAGCAUCUCCUCUGCUCCUCCAGAGACACAGCAGCAUCUCCUCUGCUCCUCCAGAGACACAGCAGCAUCUCCUCUGCUCCUCCAGAGACACAGCAGCAUCUCCUCUGCUCCUCCAAGUACAGCAGCAUCUACUCUGCUCCUCCAGAGACACAGCAGCAUCUCCCCUGCUCCUCCAAGACACAGCAGCAUCUCCUCUGCUCCUCCAGAGACACAGCAGCAUCUCCUCUGCUCCUCCAGAGCACAGCAGCAUCUCCUCUGCUCCUCCAGAGACACAGCAGCAUCUCCUCUGCUCCUCCAGACCAGACACAGCAGCAUCUCCUCUGCUCCUCCAGAGACACAGCAGCAUCUCCUCUGCUCCUCCAAGUACAGCAGCAUCUACUCUGCUCCUCCAGAGACACAACAGCAUCUUUGUAUCGCAUUUUUUGA